AUGCGACUCAAUUUGGAGUUCGCGCAGCAGCUUUUGUUGUUGCUGUCAUUCGUUUCGGUGGCUCGCUCGGCCGCGAUCGAGGGGAACCUCGAAAAGGCCCUGUACCAGCUGCCCAAAUGUGCACUUUCUAGUUGUGUUGCGGGCAACACGACGUGCAUCUGCAGUGACGAAGCCGUGUCCGUCAGCCUCGUGACCUGCGUCAGGGGUUCUUGCGGGUUGAAUGACCAGCUGGCCUGUAAUACAUCGGGACCUAACCUAAAGACAUGCCCGUGUGGUGAAUUCCCCCCGAGAAAAGACACGCUCAAGGUUAGCAAGAAUGCAUGCAGCCAAGCCAGUCGCGACAAGACGGCAGAAAACCGGCGAGUGAACUGGGCCAUGAUCGCCCUCUGCACGCCGUUUGCCCUGCUGAGACUGUUGUCCAAGGUCGAGUUCCCCCGCAACACUGUCCGGGGAGGCUGGCUUCCCACCAUGCCCGAAGCCGGCUGGGACGACCUGUGCCUGCUCCUGGCCUGGUUCUGCACCAUCGUCAUGGGCAUCAUAAUCGGAGUGCCGCUGCAGCGGGCCGCGCUGGGUCGCGACCUGUGGACCCUGUCGAAGCAGCAGCUCAUCGACACCGGCUACUGGAUCUACGUCGCCGAGCCGAUCUACAUGUCCAGCCACGCCUUCCUCAAGGCAUCCUUCUUGUUCUUUUACCUUCGCGUCUUUGGGCUCGUCGGUUCAGUGUCGUACUUCUUUGGCCUCUGUCCCAUGCGGCCUCUGCUGUUGGGCACGCUGUGGGUUAAUCUCGUCAUCGGCAUUAUCAUCGUGGGCCUUUCCAUCGGCCAGUGCACACCCAUCAGUUAUUCCUGGACUCAGUGGGCAGAGGACAGUCCUGGCAGCUGUAUACAAUCCGGGCAACUCCUGUGCGCUACGGGUGACACGACCGCCUCGAGUGACAACCCCGGCAUGAUGAUGUCCAACAGCGCCACCUGGAGCAUGGUGGAGUCCUCGGUCGGAAUCGUGUGCGCCUGCCUACCUGGCAUGCGCAAGUUCAUCGUCCGCACCAUCCCACAGGCGUGGAGCUGGGCCGGCCGCAGCCUGGGAAGCGGCACCUCGGGCUCGACCGACGCCCAGCGGCAGCAGCACGACCGCCACGCCCCGCGCAGUGCGGUGCCCCGUCGGCUGCGGACCAUGAGCGGCAGCCUGCUCGAGCCCACCGUCAUUGGCGCCGACGACGAAGACGCCCGCAACGCGCCCUACGUGAGGAUCUCGGACGACGGAAUGUCGGCCAAGAACGCAACGGUGACGACGGUGGGGCUCAAGGCCGACGACGUCGAGAGCUUUGCCAUGGCGGACAUGAAGACAGGGCACGAGACGGGUCAGCAGACGAGCGGUUCGACUGCGGUGUCGUCCGGCGGCGAGGGCGUGGCCCUCUCUCGCCCUUUCAGUGCGGGUCUGCCGUCUCCUCCCGGCAGGGAUUUCGCCGGCGCCGAGACCAUGAGUCUGCCUGCUUCGCCGCGCAUCUGGACGAAACCUGGCUCGUUCAAUAACUACGACCCUCGUGGAGACGGACCCCGGGGUCCUCUUCCCCCUCAGGAGAACAGCAGGGAAUUGGAAGCUGAUGCUGGUCAUUUUCAGUGGCCAAACGUCCCUGAGAGCUUUGAGGGCCGUCUCCUGCGGGUUGACCAGCUUCGGUUGGUGGGAAACUAUCACGAGGAGCGAUGCGGUACAGCUGCUGCGAAGCCACGAGCAUCAGAUGAGGGCUUGCAAGACAAGAAUACGUCGGAGCAGCGCCUGACCGGGCUUGAAAGCGGCGAGAUCCCCAAGAAUACCCGAGCCAAGUAGGGGAUGCAAGCAGCGGUGCGGCUACUGAUGGAACACAACGGUCGAGCACAACGAGCGACAAGGUGACGCCGAU